CGCUACCCAGACAAAAUCUGGAUACAAUCCAUAAACUAUAGACUGAAUAAUGUGAAUAUCAAAAACAUUUGACUUAAGGUAUGACACCAAUCGGCCGGCGGCCCCGCACCAUUUUAAUCCGGCACGUCAAAACUUCAACUUCUAUCUUCUGACAAAAACGUUCGUCUCACUUGACAUAUAGCAAAAUGGUAUCCUCCUCUCAAAUAGAAAAUGAAUUUCCAUAUUCUCUAGUCAUCUCCAUCCCCCUCCCCACAAACCGCCUCGCCUCAGCCGCCCUUCAAGCCAUUCAAGUCGACAAAGAACUCUCCCCCUUUGUCCGGCGAAGUUUCGCGCUUAAAGCCCCUAAUGCGAGCGAUGAGACUAACCGAGACGAAGGUGACGAGAACAAGACGGUGCUGGAGACUACCUACCGAGCGACUACGAAUCGUAUGUUGCGGGUCUCUGUGAAUGGGUUCAUGGAGACGUUGGGCGUUGUUUUGGGGGUUAUUGAGGAGCUAGAUGUUGAUGUGCUGAAAGAGGAGUUGGGAAAAUAAUGCGAAGGGAGGAGGAAUAAGAGGGAUUCUACUGGAAGAAGUCGUAUGGGAUACUUAGCUACAUGAAGCGGAUACGGCCAUACUAGCUCGUCUACCCGACAUGGUGUCUCCUCAUCUCAGCAAGCGAACUACUUGGUUAUGGCCAGUCAUCGGCCGGAUAACGUACCACUCUGGCGAAGAAGAGGACGGAACAGGGUCAUCGAGAGAUACACACGGACUGAUCGGCCCAAAUGGAGAUAUGGCCGCUGACUCAUUGGAUUGAAACCUCCAAUUG